AUAAAAUAAAGUAGUUUAAAUUCUUUUGGUCUACAUUUGCAACUGUGGUUUAAAUUGUUUAAUUAUUGUGAAAGUAAAUUUAGUUUGUAAUUGAUAUGACUUUUUAUCUAUUGAGAUGUUACUCUAUCUUCCCGUAUUGUUUACUUCUCAUUUUGAUUUCAUUGGGUUUCGAUUUUUUUCCCUUAAAGAUAGUGUUUCAUUUCUAAUUUACUUUAGCAAAGAUAUUAAUGGGGUCUUGCAGAUCUAUCAACCACUUUUAUAUUAAAGGAAUUGUAACACAAAAAACUGGAGUCUGAACCCAACCACAUUUAUUUAAAGUUCAUGAUACCCCAAACAGGAGGCAUGGGAUUUUUGGCCGUUGGCAACAAGCUGAAUGCCGAGGACGACGAAAGGAAGCAACAACAACUUACACUAAUGGCGACGCUUUGGAUUUUGGAGCUUCAACUGAAGGAACUGGAACUGUAAAGACUACUACUUCAUCGGCUGUAGUUUUGGGCAUAAUCAUCAAUUUUUGUUCCAAUUUCUAGUAGUUUGAAUGAUUUCCCCUCUUACUGCCAACUGCAAAGCCAUUGGAUAGAAACCCAACUAUGAACAAAAUUAAACUGCAAACCCAACAACUUGCAUUUCAACAUCCUGUAACUCGCAAUUUUGACACGCAAUCGCAUUCUCCUGUCCACGAAGCGCUUCUUCGAUCAGGUCCCCGUCUCAGAAACCUUCAACAAGUUCAUGCCCAUAUCAUCGUUUCCGGACUCCAUAGAAGUCGAUCCCUCCUCACUAAGCUUAUUUCUCUGGUUUGUACCGCUGGUUCAAUCACCUAUGCUCGACGAUUGUUCCCCACUGUGCCUAAUCCGGAUUCUUUCCUGUUUGAUUCCCUCCUCAAAGUGACUUCCAAGUUCGGUUUCUCUAUUGAUACUGUCUUGUUUUACCGUCGCAUGCUUUUCUCAGGUGCUCCCCAGUCGAAUUACACCUUUACGUCUGUGAUUAAAGCCUGUGCGGAUCUUUCAGCUCUAAGGUUGGGUAAAGAAAUUCAUUCUCACGUUAUGGUUUGUGGGUAUGGUUCUGAUAUGUAUGUUCAGGCUGCUUUAAUUGCUCUCUAUGCUAAAGCUAGUGAUAUGAAAGUUGCCAAGAAGGUGUUUGAUGCAAUGCCACAAAGAACAAUUAUAGCUUGGAACUCACUUAUAUCAGGGUAUGACCAAAAUGGACUCCCGCAAGAAUCAAUUGGUUUAUUUCAUCUGAUGAUGGAGUCGGGUUUUCAACCGGAUUCAGCAACAAUAGUGAGCUUAUUGUCUUCCUGUUCUCAGCUAGGGGCGCUUGAUUUCGGUUGCUGGUUGCAUGAUUAUGCUGAUGGUAAUGGAUUUGAUCUCAACGUGGUUCUUGGUACUUCUUUGAUUAACAUGUACACUAGAUGUGGGAAUGUAAGCAAAGCGCGGGAAGUUUUUGACUCCAUGAAAGAAAGGAAUGUUGUCACCUGGACAGCCAUGAUUUCAGGGUACGGCAUGCAUGGCUACGGUAGGCAAGCAAUGGAGCUUUUUACUGAAAUGAGAGCUUAUGGUCCUCGUCCUAACAAUAUUACAUUCGUUGCAGUCUUGUCUGCAUGUGCUCAUUCAGGGUUGAUUGAUGAUGGUCGUCGGGUAUUUUCGAGCAUGAAGGAAGCAUAUGGGUUAGUUCCAGGAGUAGAACAUAAUGUCUGCAUGGUAGAUAUGUUUGGGCGUGCUGGAUUGCUCAACGAUGCUUAUCAAUUUAUCAAAAAGUUUAUUCCCAAGGAGCCAGGCCCGGCGGUUUGGACUUCAAUGCUCGGGGCCUGUAGAAUGCAUAGAAAUUUUGACCUUGGAGUUAAGGUUGCAGAACAUGUUUUAUCAGUUGAGCCAGAAAAUCCUGGCCAUUAUGUAAUGCUUUCUAACAUAUAUGCAUUGGCCGGUAGGAUGGAUCGAGUGGAGAUGGUACGAAAUAUGAUGACCAGACGACGCCUAAAGAAGCAAGUAGGCUAUAGCACCAUAGAGAUCAAUCGAAAGACCUAUUUGUUUAGCAUGGGUGACAAGUCUCAUCCUCAGACAAACACUAUAUAUAGGUAUUUAGAUGAAUUAAUGUGUCGAUGUAGUGAAUCAGGCUAUGUACCAGCACCGGAGUCCUUAAUGCAUGAUUUGGAAGAAGAAGAAAGGGAUUAUGCCCUUAGGUAUCACAGUGAGAAGCUUGCACUAGCAUUUGGUUUACUUAAAACCAAUCAAGGUGAGACUAUUAGAAUUGUAAAGAACCUUCGAAUAUGCGAGGAUUGCCAUUCAGCUAUUAAACACAUCUCUAUUAUUGCUGAUAGAGAAAUAAUUGUUAGGGAUAAAUUUCGUUUUCACCACUUCAAAGAUGGUUCAUGUUCUUGUCUUGAUUAUUGGUGAUAAUUUUCAUUCAUAAUCUUCAUCUCGAGAAUUCUAGCUGUUACUGAGACUUCAUCGGAUUUAUGAGCUAAUCUGCUACCAGUCAUGGAAAAUUCGCGAAUUUUCUAAUUAUUGAGCAACCCAGUCACUGCUGCUCCUCUGUGUCUUUGAAUUGCGGUGAUCUAGUCGUAACUUGAUCAGUUCUCCCACUGCCGGGUCCCAUAUUUAUUUAAUGAUCGAUCCCUGAAGCAGGUACUGACUAGGUGUUCCUAUGCAUUUGAAAAUUGAAGUAGCAUCACAUAAUAUCUCUUCUAAGUUGGCAGUCAUCUUUCCAAUGGUAAAUUUACAAGAAUCUAAUCUUUCAAAGGAAAGAUUACGGAAAGAAAAAUUGGUCGUCAUUCAACAUUUUUCUAAUUUGAUUAGCCAUCAUAUGAGAUGCAAACUCGAUUUUCUGGGGAGAAUUAGGAAGCUUCGAACGAAACACUUAGCGUUUUACGCAAUACUGCAGGCUCAGGGAAAGAAGAGUAUUUGCUCUAAGACAUUAUUCGUUCUUUAAUUAAAUGGAUGUAGGACCUAAGAAUUUUUUGUUCCUUGCAUCAACGCGAUCUCAAAAAAUGUUGACAUAGCGUGUGUGUCAGCGGGUUCUUAAGCCUUACGAGUGUUGUCUGGCUGCUGUCAGGUUUACAACCUUUCAUAAUUAGAUUCUUAAAUUGGUGAAAGUGGAUACCAUUGACAUUUAUCAUCAAUGCACAUUUUCUUUUGGUUGUUCUUGCAACUCAGUUUUAACUUCUUGGCGGUUUCAAGUUCAGCCAUGGAAAAUGCGUUUGUAUUGACAUACAAAAAUUCUUUGAGGUGAGCGCUGAGGUGAGCGCUGAGGUGAUCGCUCCUAUAUAUUCCUUCAAUCGGUUUUUUCCCCUUCCCCGUAAUUUACAAUUUCCAUCAUGACUUUUGGUUCUGCUCCAUGUAGUCCUUUUGUUCCGAGCUUUUUCAAAUUUAUUAGAUACUUGGUACUUUGAAACAAGCUUCUCACCCAAAAAAAAAAACAAGAGUUCCUCUUUUUUUUUUUUUUUUGCAAAGGUAUAAAAAAAAAAAAAGUUCCUCUUUCCACCAAGUAAAAGGUUCGGUGGCGUGCAGGAGAUGGUUUAGAUGGAGCUUCAAGAAGCAAACAUUGAAAUUUAAACUGCGUGACAUAAUCCAUAAUCAAGUAUUGACUUGCAUUCCUUCUGUUCUUGCAUUGCUUCUGUGUCAUAAGUUACAAGUCUGCUGCGUUUUUAUGUUGUCUUAUUCAGCAUAAGGAUUCAACACGGCUUUACUUUUUCAAUGGGCAUUCCACACGAUUCUACCUUUUCAAUGGGCAUAAACAUUCCGCACGGCUUUGACUCUUCCAUCAAGUUACUUAAGCUCUAAAAUGUUAACUUAUCGAUAUAAGUUGAGGUACCGUAACAGUUCAAACAAUGUUGUAUUUUUUUUAAGUGGUCCUAUGUAGGUUAAACAUUCCACGGCCAGUUUUUUCAAUUCAGUUACCGAAGGUAAAAAAGGUUAAUGUUGGAUCAUAGAACUGCUUAUGGAUAGUUUAGUCUAAAAUGCACCUAAAUGUGAUGAUUAUUCUUUCAUUUAUUGAAAGUCGCAGCUUCACUUAAAUUUAUCUCAUGGUAAUUCUAAUUUCUGUGUGCAAUAUUGCUUUUGUGUAGGGUCGUAUUAUGAACUGCUUCUCUAGUGUCCAGUGUAUGAGUUUGAGGAAUAUUUUGCACCUCGGUUCACUUGGAUCUGUUUCGUUUAUUUAUCCACGUUUAUUGUUAUUCACUUCCAUGAUUAAACUUAAUUCACAUCUCGAGAGGGACUUCGGUAAUCUGGGGUUGUAUUUUCUCACCCUUAAAUUGCCAACUGACGUUCUCCUUUGUAUUUUAUUUGAAUAUGCUUUUAAGAAGUUUCACUUUUUGUUAUUGCAGUUGAUGUUCAUCUACGUUUUGUUGGUUAGGCUCUACCUAUUACCUAACCAAACGAUUGUAGAUAGACUAACCCUGCAGAUGCAGAAGCUGCCCAAGCCGUUGGCGAGGAACAUUCUUAGCCAUGUGAUAUGAAAGCCUAACCAUUUGAAAUUAAAAGCCUUUUGUUCUGGGGACUCCUCGUUAUCAAUUACUAAAACUCCCGAAUAUCAGUUGGGACAACUUGAAGGGAGAAUUAGAGAAGAUUACCUUGUGAGUUAUGAUUGAAGAAUAGGAGGUGGGGAGGAUCGAUUUAUUGCUCAAGGUUUUUGAACACUCCACAAACAAGUUGACUAUACUUAUAUGAAUGCUCAAACCAUGCAACCCUAGAUUAAAAUUUGCAAAAAUAUUUACGAAGCUGUUCAACCAUCAGGCCAAAGGAUUUCAUUCCAAAAGCCAAUAAUAUGAUGUAAAAGACCGUUGUAUCGCAAACUAAAACUAUUCUACUCAGCGAAAUAGACACAAGAUCAUCAUGCCCCUAACUAAAAAAUACAUAACUUCCCAAAUAACUCAACUAAACAAUAAAAUAGCAAAUCUAAUCAAUAUCUUAUAUUUGACCGAAACAUAAGUGGCCUAACAGGAACAAAUCUUCACAAAAUAAUCCUCUAUUUUCUUCGUUUAGAUAGAAAGUACAAAGUUUUUGUUCAAUUUUCUUUCCUUGGACCUUUUUAAUUGAAUUCGUGGCUGUUUAUUUAUGGGGAUUAAAGUCAAUCUUAGUUGGUUGACUCUUGAGUGCUUGAAUGGUUAUGGGGUAAAGCGAGGACAUCCAGGUUCAUAUUAUCAUAACUCUCAUGUUAAGAUUGGUUAAGGUAAUACAACUAGAUACAAAAGAUAUCCUGAUGCGAUAUUAAAAAAUAUCGAAAGAAACAUGAUAUCAAAUGAUAUAAAUUCUAGUCUGGAGAUUUUGUUACAUAUUUGGAAAAUGGCUGGUAAGCAUUUGCUGCUUAAAAGGAACUGUGGAAUGACAAUCCCUUUGGUAAUAGGACUGAGCUAGUCUGUAUUCCAUUCUCAUGAAGAAGCUUUCUUUUGGUGCUCCCUAGUUCUUAAGUAUGUAUAGUAACAAUUCUCUCAUCUUGUAUGAACUGUGACCUUUUAAGACCAAUUAGUUUUCUAGUGUAGGUAAGCACCUUUCCACCUUCGCCAUUUAUUUUCCCACACAGACACCGUUGGCUGAAAUCAUUGAGAUUCUUAUUUUCAAUUUCCAAUUUUAGGGCCUGAAUGAUCGCCUUUACGAAGUUGUGUUAUGACCUUUCUUGAGAGAUAUGUUGCAUUGUUGUGGGAAUUAAUAAAGCUGACGGUGAUGAUUGCGCAUAGAGAAUGUGCCGUUUCUGAAAAGCCAUUUUGGGCAGCCUUGGGGUAAGGGUUUAGGAUACUUGGGAAGAAAUUCAGACCUAGGUUGAAAGCCGUUGAUGAAAUUUUAAAAAAAUGAGCUAGCUGUCUCUCGAAUCCGACAUUGGGGAAUGCGUUGUAUGAAUCUCUCCGUGGAGUAGUAGGGUGGGACCCGCAUCAAGAAUUUAAAACCAAAAAAGUUCCAUUUGGUGAAGUGUAAGCUGAUUGAAAGUAGGCUAAUCGAUGUUGUUUAAAUUGAUUUGAGUGAGUGAAAGUGAUUCCGUUACAGCGAAUGAGACUAAAUUAUUAACGUGAGAAAACUGAAUUUGGGGAGAUUUAAGAGACAAUGUGGACUUUGGAGAGAAUCCCAUCUGGAAAGUGGGAAGCUUUAAAAAGGUAGUCCACUUAAGUGGGACGGAUACGUUGAAACGUUGAGCACAAGGAACAGGGAAAGGUACUUUUGGGUUUGUUAGACAAAGUUCCUGGUAGCAUCUUUUUUAGAUUUAUGUUUUGCCACUUGGUUCUCUCUUUAGGCUGAACUUUGAUAUUUAGAUUCGAAGGAACUGCGACAUUCAGUUAAUCCGUUAGUGGCAUUGGUCAUCUUAACUAGUUUUUAGAGUUGUUAGGCUAGUGGAUUGAGCUUUUUUAGCGUGGAAUAUGAAAGUCGAGUUGCACUUAGUGGGCAAGCAUGUUUUAUUUUCAUUAGCUUGUUAUUCUCAUAAGCUUUAUAAACUCAAGCUUUUGAAUUUACCUUUUACAAACUACGAUCUACAAUAUGACUUAGUCUCUACAAUUUCUUCUUUUGGACAAUCAGAGCACAUACUCUACAAACAAAAACAUCUCAAACCCUUCAACCGUACAUAAAUUCAACUGCCAAGAUAUUUUGGAAAGAAACAAUGCAGAUCUCAUAGUUCCAUAUCAUAAAUUUCUGAAAUCCUUCCAAACCCAGGGAAACAUAUUUACCCGACUGCUAUAUCAUAUUUCUCCGGAUUAUUAUUCAUAAUUAUUAUCCUUGAAUAUUUAAGUAACUUAUUGAUUAUUUGGAAGCGAUGGAACUAUGAAUUUUUGGUAAAUGGAGAGGACAUGGUUUUGAAAUUGAAAAGGUCGGGUUAAAAGAUAAUGGAAAGAGCAAUACAUCCUCAUCAUCUCCAACUCCAACAGGAAAGGGCAAUUAAACCAAAAGUUCUCACUUUAAAAUAAACUCAAUGGACCAAGCAAUCGACACAGUAGUUUGUCUCUUCAGUUGACUAAUGGCUCCAGACUUCAUAUAUACACAUAGUAUACACACACACCGAAUUUUCCAUUUUUCCACAACCGCCCCUUUUGUUAUUCGCCACUUUAUUAGUUAAGAUGUCACCAAUCCCAUGAUAUCUAGAGGUUCCUCUCUAAAAGUUUUGUAUAGUAUAUUAUGUUUAUUUGGUUAAAAUACAUGUAUAAUCUGGAAAUGGUUUGAUGUAUGUAUUGUUAGACUUCCAUUGAUCAAGUCCACGUCAAUAUAAGAGGAAGAAUAAGCCAAGCAUAUACUACUUGAGUUGAAGCCUUUGUGACAUAUGCUUGAAAAAAAUAAUGAACAGCAUUAUUUAGAUGUUAAUCAUUGGAACCUUGACGUAACUCAACUGGUUAAGUUAUGUGUUGUCAUUCAAAAGCUCGAAUGUUUGUCAUUUUGUAUCAAUUUUAUUCUUAUUCCAGACACGAUAGUUAAGAUUACAGUGGAAAGAGAUGAGAGCAAUUAAAGACGUGGAGCCAAAACAAACUUAGUUUAAUAAUAAUUGACUCAACCUUUCAUUCUGGAAAUAGAUGGUUCAAAUAUUACUAUACUAAAGAAAAGUAAUUAGAGACUGAGAAAUAGAUAUGCUAUUUGAACUCAUGUCUCCAAUCGUAAAACUCCAAACCCAAAUUUGAUGCCAUUAAUUAGUUGUUGAGUUGACCAUCAAAACAACUCGAUAAAGCACUUUAGUGGUGUUAAGUUGAAUGAUUUACAGCCAAGAAUAAAGAUUUAAUUAUGAUGAUCUGGCCACCAUAGUCCUGUUGGAACUUCUCGAUAGAAUAAGAUUGGACAUGUAAACUUUGAUUGCUUUGUAUCAAGAUUAAAACUCAUUGGACAUGUAAACUUUGAUUGCUUUGUAUCAAGAUUAAAACUCAUUUGGAGAUGUAAACUUUGAUUGCUUUGUAUCAAGAUUAAAACUCAUUGGACAUGUAAACUUUGAUUGUCCUGUAUCAAAAUUGAAAGUGCAUUAAAAAAUUCCCAUGGGAGAGUGUAUUGGCCUGGAAGGCUUGGAGUUCUUUAAUUGCUUGAAACUUAUUGAUCCACUUUGAAAAAAAAGUGGAUUUAAAUGGAGUCACUUUAUUUGCCACUUAGAGAAUUUUUUCUUCUUCUUUAUACUUAAUAUCCCACCUCACUACUUUGCACGAUUUCCACUUUGAUUUAAAGUAGUGUUUUGCCUCAAACACUGUUCUUCCUCUCAAUAGUCCCUCCACUAGUUACUUUCUUAAUUACGCCAAGUUGGUCGGCACCGCAACAGCAAUUUUUUUCCUUUUUAUUUUUGUUAAAUGCUUGCCACUUGAUUAUGACUAGUUUAUGGGUUUAGGCAUUUAGGUUUAAUGGUUAUUUAUUAUAGUAACAAACCAAGCUGUAGGUCAACAUAAAAGCAAUGUGUGCUUGAGCUAUACACUCGAUUUUGAUCAAAAGGAAAUAACCAUAGCUGGGAAAACACUGAAGAUUUGGCAGACAAAAAGAAGCUGGACACUUUUACUCCCAAACUACUUUCCAAAGUUCAAUUUACUUUGACAACUCCUCUUUUAAGGAAGAGAAGCCUGUCUCAUAGAAGUUGGGUGAACACAAAAGUAAAACAGCAGGGAAGUUCAAGCUUUCUCAUAUGUGGAAAUGGAAUAAUUAACUUGCUUUGUGGGACAACUUUUUAAAAACCUAUUUAAAGGAGAAGGAAAGAGAAGAACUUUGAACUUUUGACUGUCAAGAUUGUGAAGAUUGGGAAUUGUAAUGAUUGAGAAAACUUCUCUCAACAUUUCUGACUCUGGUAUGAGUUUGAGACGAAACGUGGCAGAGUUGUGGGUUUCUUUUUUUUCCAAAGGAUCACUAGAAUCUGGGAGCAGAUGGAUUUUGAGCCACAACAUUGAGAAAAGGUACAACAAACAAAGAUCACAUUGAAAUCCACCCAAAAAAGUGAAAAGGGAACGGUGAAGUUCAUAAAAUAAUAAAACAAGUGGGAGCAAAUGCCAAUGCAUCGUGUUGCUUUGUCCUCUGUUUGUCACCAUCAUCUGCUUCUUGAUUUUGCUUUUAAGCUUAUCCGAAUUUUUUAAAAAGAAAAACUAAAAAUUUUCCUUUGGAGAAGGAUGUGAGAUAUCAUAUCUAUGAUUGCAAGGUCAAAUAUGCACUUCAAGACUUGCUUUUGGAAUGGACCUCAUUUCAUUUCGUUGAUAAAAUAAUAUCCUAAAAGUUCUUUUCUUUUAUCAA